GUCCUCCCCUUUCUGUUUAUACACAAAGACCCCCAUCUUCUUCCCCCUUCCCCUUCCUCCAUCCCUCGCUUUUUUCCUCUCUUUCCUUUUUUUUAAAAAAAAAUCUUUUCUCUUCCCCUUCUUUUUUUCCACCCUUUCUUUUCUCUCUCUUUCUCCCCCCCCCCAUCCCCGCCCUCCUGCCUUCCUGGGUUAAAGGAUUUGAGCAAUGGGUCUGGAGGUGGAGCUCGUCGGAGGAUUAGAAGAAGCGGAUGUGAGAAGAGAUUGAGAGGGAUUUUUCUCUCUCUCUCUCUCUUCUCUGCCUCGCUCUGUCGCUCCGAUCCCGAAAACUUCUCGGAAAGAAGCAGAGGGAGGAGGAAAGAGGGAGGGUUUGCUGUUUUUUUAAAAAGGGAACUAACCAAACCCCCUUCCUGCCCUCCACCCAGCAACAAUCCUGACUCAGACCCGCUUGGAUCUGCCCUCCCUUCCCCUCGGCUUGGGGAAAAGAGGAAAAAAAGAUCUGCUGCUGAAAUCUACCGCCAAGCAGAGGACCAGCUCCGCCCGCGCCCAGCCACGCUCCCGGGGAUCAUGGGCCAAGCGAGGGAUCCAGCCUGCCGCCUGCCCCACACCUCCAGGACCUAGCUGGAUUGAGACUCUCCUCGCGUGUUUUUGCGUGUCGUCGGAAUACCCUUUCCCCUCCGGGUCCUCCGAGCACUGGAGGUGGCUUUUUCCCCCCUCUUGGCGUCUUGAAGACAAGCCGCCUCUCCGGAUCUGGGUUCUGAUUUCGGAGUGGACGACCCUCCUGCCUUCUCGGACGCCUGGGUUCUAACGGAGCCGUGAAGAAAUUCGGCGGAUGGUGGAGCGGGGGAGAAGAAGAAGAAGAAAGGAUUCUUUUGAUCUCGAAAUUCACUGCUUUUCCCCUUCCAAUUCUCGGGCACUCUGAUUCUCUCCAGAUACUGAAAUAUAUUAUCUCUACUGCUGGCUUUAAAAAAUAGGACUCCUUUGAUCUCUUGGUUUCUCUCCGGACUCCUGGGUUCUGUCGACUUAUUGGAACGCUCCACCAUUUUAAUUAUUUAUUUUUGAUGUCUAUAAUCCUCUUUCCUCCCGAGCUCCGGGACUGCAGAAUUCUCGGGAUUUUCUGAAUAUUAAGAAAUUCUUGUUCUACAGACAUCCAGGCACCUCUCUCCAUCCUUUUGGGUUUCCAGCUUGAGAUUUUAGCCCAUCUCUCCCCCCCCCCCCACCGCCUUGGGCUUUGUGCUGAUUUCCUCAUCAGGGAUCCUGACUUCCUGACCCAGUUAAGAACUUUUAAGAGGAGGAGUUAGGUACCAAAGUCAACUCGGCAUCUCCAUCGUUGCUGGAUUUAAACUCCUGGAAUCGCUUGAAAUCCUCGCAUUCGGACUCUGGUAAAUUUGAUAUUUAAUUUUACCUCAUUUGCACACCGCCUUUUGCAGCCCCACAAACCCACUUUUCCUUUUCAGUCAUCCACUGGGGGGCAUCCUGAUCAGUUUCUGCCAACAGGCAGGAGAAAUCGGAGCCAUUCGGGAUUUAUUUUAUCCCAGUUAUUUAAUUACAGCUUACUUCCUGUCAGUAAUAUUAAUCUCCCCCCUACCCCCGUUGCCAAUCGCAUGGGUCCUUGGUGACCUUCUGAACCCGAACCAUUCCCCUCCUCAGGUUCAGAUGAAAAGAAUUCCCUCCCCCACCCCCAAAUUGGGAGCCAAAAAAAUUGCCCCCCAAACUAUAUCCCUGUUAUCCGAGAUUAGUUUCCACUUCUCAGUACGGAAACCACAAGACCUGCAUGUUUUAAUUUAGAUCAAGUAAGGAGGAUGGCCUGUCAGCCUGUGCACACACUUGCCUCUUCAGAUUAGUCUGUGCCACUGUUUCAAUCUGGAUUAAACAGCCUGGAAUAAUUUCACCACCCCUGGGUUAUUACUCCCUGUCACCAAUAAGAAUUCAAAAGCACACCUGCAGCAUUAAUAGCCACUGAGUGGGUUUUCAGAACAGUGGUACAUAGGGAGCUACCUUAUUAUGAAUCAGGCUCUCCAGGGUGGAGGGGUGGGCAUCCUCUUCCCCAUCUCUUUAACCACUCUGGCCUCGUCUACAAAACUAUGGCUGCAGCAUGCCACACUGCCCACCCCCUUUCUCCUCGGCUCCUUCCUUCAGUGGUGUGGCGCCUGAGCUCCUUGCGUGAAGAGAUCCACGUGGAGAGCUGUCACCGCCCCAAGGCAGGGGAGGCAGCAUAUGGUGUGCGGUGUGUGUCUGGGUGUGAGCCGGAAAAAAGAUGAGUGGAUUGCGUGCAGGGAAAGAAGGCAACUCCCAGGUGGAGCUCCUCGAAAAAGGGCUUUUCAUCUCCAUGCCCCUUCCUGAACGGACCCUCACAGUUAUCUUUCCUUCCCAAGUUCCUCCAUUUUCUUCUUCAUCGUCUUCCUUCCCGGAAUCUGUCUUGCUCCCUCUUCCUUCUUUCCCAACCCUCUUUCCUCCCGGCAAUUCCAACUCCUUCCUGCCUUGCUAACCCCUUUCCCUUCAUGCCUUCCCCCCUCCCUCCCUCAAUCACAUCCCUGUUUCUUUUCUCUCCCUCUCACAAGCCUUUUCCCAUCUACUCCCAUUUUGCUAUUCGCCUUCCUUCCUUCUCCCCCCUCCUCUUUUUCCCCUUCCCUCUUUAUUCCUCUUUAUCGCUCUUCCUUCUCCUCCUCCUCCUCCUCCAGAGUCUUUCACUUUUCCCAACUUGCUCUCCCUCCCUCUUCCUCCUCUUCUUUCUCAUCCCUGGAUUUCCCCUUCUUCUUCUCACGUUCCCUCCUUCUUUCCCAGGUUUCCCUCCCCGAGCUCCUCAGGCGAAGAUGUCUUCUUCGGCUUCGGCUCUGCCGGAGUGGAAGCUCCAGCUCCUGGAGCGCCGGCGCAAGGAGGAGGAGGAGGCCCGCCGGCGGGAGCGAGAGCAGCAAGACCGCAUGGCCAAAAUGCCCGCCUGGAAGCGGGAGAUCAUCGAAAGGCGCCGGGCCAAGCAGGGCUCCGGCACCUCUUUCUCUGAGUCUGGGGGGCCAGGAGGGACCGAGAGCGGCGCAGCUCCGGCUUCUAGCGCUCCGCAGCCCUGCCAAGAGGGGGAGCCGGAGAGUUCGGUGCUGCAGGAGAAGAUCGGCCCCAUCCACCAAAACCCGUUCAUCCAGCUGGAGAAGCGGCGCUACAAGGAGUCGGAGAGCGACCUCGCCAACGCCAAAGCCAAGCAGAUCGUCGACCUCUACGGGCAGAUCCCGGGCGUCCGCACCUUGCGUGCCGACAACGUCAUCAUCAUCGAGACGGUCCCGGGGGCACCGCCGGCGCAGCUGGCCAGCAGCCGGCAAACGGGCGAAGCCAAAUCGGGGAGCGUGGAAUCUCUCAACGAGCUGCUGGCUCGGCGCGGGGGUAGCGUGACCGAGAUCCGCGCCGGGGAGGUCUUCAUCGUCAAGUCGGCCUUGAGCCGCAGCGUGGAAGAUCUCAAUUCAGUCGGCCGGGCCGAAAGCCGGGGCUCUCUGCCCGAGCAGCACCGAGGGAGGGUCAGCAAACUGCUGAGCCACUUCAGCCAGGAGGGCGGCAACAUUGGGUCGGUGUCUCCGCGCCCGGUGCGGUCACUGAGUACCGAGAACCUAAUGGAAAGCAGCUACAUGGCAAGGAGGCCGGCCCGGGUGGCAGCGGACCCCAGCCCGACCCGGAAGCACUUUGACAGCAGCCCUCCGCGCGACCUUCCCGGAUUGAGCCCGCCUGUUCCCUACACUGUGGCAUCCUAUCGCAGCCAGUUUGAAUCUAAAUCGAGCAGCGGCGAAGGCUGGCCGGACAGCCCUCCCAGGCGCUCCCCGACCGGGAGGAGCUGGGGGCGGGAGGCUGCGUCGCCAGAGAGAAGCCCCAGGAAGGACAGUGUAGAUUCGGAGGUUGCUUUUGAGAUCCAGCCGGCCCCCCCGCCGGCUCCGGUGGCUGAGGACGAUGUCCAGGGCAAAGCCUUGGCCAACCUGCGCCUGCACUCUCGGAACUCCUUUGUGGUCGUUCCGCGCCGGGCCCCGUCCUCCCCACCCCCAGAACUCAAGCAGGAAGCCAGCCCUUCUCUGUCUGCUGUCAAGCCCCCAGCCCCCACUUCCUGCUCCUCGCUUCUCCCAGACGCAGAGGAAGAGCCGCCCGAGGCUGCAGAGGCCAUGAGGCGUGGUGUGGGGAGCGGUGUCGCCAAGGAGGAUGUCCGGGUGGGGGGCUUGGCCCGCGCCUCGUCCCCCCACCCAGCCGUGCAGCGCCGCAGCGGCAACACCAUCACCAUCAACCCUCGCAAGGCCCCGGCUGCACCUGUGUCCGUGGUGGAGAACGGCAUCGAGAGCGACACUUCCCCGGCUGCAGCGCCCAUGAAGAAACGCUACCCUACGGCCGAGGAGAUCCAGGUGAUCGGAGGCUACCUGUCCCUGCAGAGGUCCUGCCUUGCCAAGAACGACCCACACCGGAAAAAGGUACACACACCUGGUUGGCUGGGCCGGGCCUGGCUCAGUUUUGCAGGACCUCCUUUGCUUCUCUCGCCACUGCCCCCUUUUGAGUUUGCUUCUUGCUGCCUUAGUUGGCCCUGCCUGCUUUCUAACUUAGGUGUUACUCUUUCAUCUUCUUCCUUCUCUCCCAAAUUAUCCUCCAAUUCCUUUUGUUUUCUUUUUCCUGCUUCCCUCCCUUCUUUCAUUACUUCGUCCUCUUUACUCACAGCUCUGACGCAACUGGAAAUAGUCAUGUAAGGAAUUGUACCGAGGCAACUUAGCUGGUUGAAGGGUGUGGGAUUUGAAAGCAGGAGCCAGAACCUAACCUGGUGAGCUAGGCUCCGUUUAUGAUUGAGCCUUCCAGCAGCUUUUCUUUUUACAAAGUGCAGAAUGCUUCGCUAUUCCCGCCGGUUAGGUCACUGCUAUUCCCAUUUUACAGAUGGAAAAAUGAGGCCAAGGAGAUGCAGCUUGCUCGAGGGUAGACGUAUGUCUGAAGGGAUUUGAUCCACCUAGCUAUGUUUUGGCUACACUGACUGGCAGCCGCUCUGCCGGGGAUCAGACAGGGUGCAGGGCUCCCAUCCCUUUCUGAGGAUGGCAGGGAUUGAACCUGGGUCGCAUCUUUUGCAGGCAAAAGUGUUGGCUCCACCCACUGAGCUUCACAGCCUUGCAGGCCCUGGGCUCUAGCCCUGAAACACCCUAGAUUUCUUUCAGCUACUUCCUCUUGGUCUUGAGCAUUCCUUUCACAUUAGGCAUAGUGAUGUGAAGGCCUUUUUUUGUUUUGUAUAUUAAAAGGCGCACUGUAUACGCAGUAAUUUUACUCAUUCCCUUGUAAGGCAAAACGUUUAGCAGGAUCAGCUGUCUGCUGGAGCACUUAGUCCUUUUUUCCUGUGCUUUUUUUGUCCCCCUUUCACUCUUUCUUUAUCUCUUCCCUCCACCCCUUCUCUGAAUUUCCUCCUCACCUUCUGCCCUCAGCCUUGCUCAGACAAACUGCUGCAUCCUGAGAAUUGCAGUCGCCUUCCCCUGCCUUCCCCGUGCAUAAUUUUACACAGGAGCUGUGGCUGUGGUUUGAUGUUGACCAACAAACUCUGGACAAAAGCUUGGAGUGUUUGCACACUAAAAAAGCACUUUUGAGCUUCUGUUUCUACUGGUGCCAUGCCUGGGUGUUCUUAAUGGAGGACAGAAUGCAGAACACUGUCUGCAAUGUGUAGGGUUAUUGUUGUUGUAUUUUUACACUUGUUUGCAGUUGUUUUUGGUUUUACAGAUGGAUUUAAGACUCUCAUUUGUAAAUUACCUUUGGCUAUUUAUAGACGAGGACCCCGGGAGAGCCCCAGUUACAGGCUAGGUCCCCUGUUGGGCUGGCUGGGCUUCACAAGCUGCAGACCCGAAAUGCAAAUCUUCUCCCGGUUCAAAGGGGGAUCAAUAUCACAGUUGUAGUUAACAUGCAAUUGCUUGUUCAUCUGAAAUUUCAUCAGGAGUUGGCUGUGAUCACUUGAAUGCAACCACUGCCAAAGGGAGAAAAGCUUCCCCUGUGAAGGAGUGGGGCAUCCUUUUCUCAGUAAACACAUUUCUACAAGACACUUGCUUCUCUGUUUCUUCACACGGUGGUCUGGAUUAUGGGUUGUGUGCUGUGUGUGUGUGUGCUCAAAUGUGUCUGCGUGUGUGCAGAUUGUUGUGACUCAUAGCAAGAGAUGUUCCCAUUUCCAGUCAUUCUUAAUAUCCGAAGAGCAAAACGCCAGCAAUUUCUGACUUUUGCCAGUAAAUGUGGAACCCGUCAGGGUAUCCAAAUGUCAUGCUUGUUUUCCCAUCGUUUAGUUGUUCAAAGGACGCUUCUCAUGCCAUGGAUACGAAUGUCAAAAAAACACAAGCUGCGCACCCACAGAUGUUUCUGGUGUUUCCAGUUGGGCCGUUAAAAAUCUUAAGAGUUACUGGUUAAUGCCAGCAUUUACCAAAUUCUGACAUUGACCACAACACACACAUAAGUCCUUGUUUGCAUGUAACAAUAAGCUAGACUCUAUGGCAUAUCGUGUUUUCAGAGAAUCAGAGAAUCAAAGAAGGGAAGAUUACAGUCAACGUAAAGAGCUACGGAAAUGACUAUAGUAGCAGCAGCAGCAGCAUACUUGCAUGCUGUAAAUGGAGCAAGAUAGGACAUGUCAAAUCCAGAGGAGAAUCUUCUGCACAGCUUCUAGGUAGAGCUUAAUGCAGCCUAAAGUUUCAGCUGUGAUUUGGGCCUCUGAGGAACAGGGUGCUUUGUGAAUUACGGAGGUGACUAGUUGUCUUGAGCCAUAUCCUGGGGCCUGCUCUCUGCUUGGACUAAAACACACACAGAAACCAAGCUGUGGAAAAGGAAAAGAAUCAGGUUGGAAGGGACAUUGUCACCUACUAAAGCAAGAAGGUCCCAUAGCCAUGAUUUACUCUUUCACCAGGGACAAGACUCAACACUAAUGUUUUCUAGCGUGCCAACACCUGAAACAUUAGAGUCCCCAGCUGCCAGUGGUGCAUCGUUUUCUAAUAUGUGAUACAUAUAUGAAAUAGGUCUAUUUAUUUGCAGAAUGGUCACUUUCCUGCUCAGCUGAAAAAGACUGCGCAGAGCAGCUCAACGAAUGUCAGUGGCAGGACAGUCCCUACCCCUAGUCUUAAAAGUCUCCGGGGCAUGACACAAAAGGAAAAAAGGACUGGGAUGGAGGAGGAAAAACCUAAGUUCAUGUCUGUGUCUUAGGUACAAAGUUCUUGCAAUGAGCAGCUGGAAUGCAAAGAGUUCGAGGAGAGGAGGAACCAAAAGUUGCUGACCUUUGAGCUGGUGGAGAGGAUCUGUAGUCCCCCUGCUCUUUCUUUCUUUCUUUCUCUCUCUCUCUCUCUCUCUCUCUCUCUCUCUCUUUCUCUCUGUCCUAGGAUAGAAUGUCUGGUGAUAGUUGGCAGUUGAGAGGAUCCUGUUGGAGCUGCUCUGUGAGAUCUAUCUUUGAAAGAGGGGGCAUAUUCACAGCAAUAAUUCCUUGGUGGAGGGCAGGUCCUCCAGAGCUAAGCGGCAACAACUUUCUCCUCAGGGCCUCCCCUGUCUAGUCACCCUCCUGUGUGUCUAUGGAGAGGAACCUAUGAGCAUCCAGGUGUUACAAGACCUACCUGGAGGACCACAGGUUCACCAUGCCUGCUCUAUGGCAUCUGCACUGCGGCAGAAGCUUCUCUUUGAGUGGCUGCAGCUUACACAAGAUGGCGUCGCCUUAGGCUCUACGGUGUGUGACCUUGGGUUUGUGGUGUGUGUAUCUGUGGAAGUGCAGUGUUCAAAAUUCGCCAGGCGCAUUUUGCACCCGGUUGUCGGCCACUUGCGACCAAGUGAAGGUGCCAGGAUGGCACCUGACGUCUCCACCAUCCGGAGGUGCGUCUCUGGAGAUCCUUGGAUCUUGACUGUUUUCACACGCUAGCAACACAUCCUGUAGAAUUCUACGUGUUAUAUUUUAUCUGCGCAAUUUCAGGAAACAAAAAGCCGUAUUGAAAAAUACGACCUUCGAACCGUCUGCCCCCAAAAUAGGAACUAGGCAUUCUGUUUUGGCUAUUGCAACCCUGGUUUAAGGAACUGUUUGGUGCUCAGCUUAUAUAUCUGAGUUUCUAACACUGGUAGCCACACUUACUUCAUUACACCAGUAUUUUCGACCUUGUGCAGCCCUGGUUUGUGGCCCUUGAGAGGUUACCACAGGGCAAUCUGGCCCUUGGGCAUAAAAGCUUUAGCUGCCUGUGCCAUAGAAGAAACACUUCAGGCAUAAUACAGUGGUACCUCGGGUUGCAUACGCUUCAGGUUACAGACGCUUCAGGUUACAGACUCUGCUAACCCAGAAAUAGUGCUUCAGGUUAAGAACUUUGCUUCAGGACGAGAACAGAAAUCGUGCUCCGGCGGCAUGGCAGCAGCAGGAAGCCCCAUUAGCUAAAGUGGUGCUUCAGGUUAAGAACAGUUUCAGGUUAAGAACGGACCUCCAGAACGAAUUAAGUACUUAACCACUGUAAAUGCCUCCCUUGCUGCCAUGGAGAUAACUUCCUGCUCCUCUCGCCAUGUCAGUGGAAGAGUCCAAAAUGUGCUGCCCUCAAACGGCACCCAAAGUUCACCACUUGAGACGGAGUCUUUGUGAGUCGGUUGGCCUCGAAAGCAUCUAGCUCAUGCUGGAAGACAUUACACCCAGAAGCCUUAAGUUCCCUCCCACAAGAGCCCUUUCAUGCUAGUCGCCCUAUACUACGCUUCUGGGGUCAUUGGAUGGGCCCCGAACAAAUGUAGUAGCCUGUCUCUUCAGUGCAUCAUGAGGGAGUUAUUUAGCCAAAUUGCCAGCUACGUGCAAGGCAUCCAGGCUACGUCUUUGUUGCCGGGUGCCAGCGGCAUUUUCUGCAGCCAGCUUCAGAAAUGCUACCCAGUUCCUAGCCACCCAUAAGCACAGACAUCUGCCUCCCGGCUUAUUAAUGCUGUCCUGCCAUUUCCAACGUCUUGCACAACAUUCCCCCAACGUGGGAAUCAGCGACUAAAUAGCAGCUUUAAGUCUCGAGCAACUUAGCUAAAUACACCCUUUACGGGGAUCCUUUGUCAGCCUUUAAUUAUCACUCAUUAAGAAAAUUCCUCAGUUCUUCUGUUACUCAACUCCAAGCCAUUAGUGCUGGUGUCCGUAAGGAACAUGGGCUUUUGAACCACAUCUGCCCCACGUUAUACUACAUUAAGUCAAACGAGGUUUAAAUUGACUUAACAUUCUUGGUUUCUCAAAAGGAACUCUGGGAAUUAUAUGUUGUAUUCAAGGGCUGAGAAUUCUGCUUCAGUCACCAGCCCCAUUGCGGAAUGGAGUUUCUUUGAGAGGGAGACUUGGCGGUUUAAAAGGGGUAAUUACUUUUUAAUUAACCGUGAUUUAGUUUGUUAAGGUUUUCACAAUGGAAGACUGCAGUCCCUUGUUCUGCUUACCAACUUCCCUUCUUCCCAGCCUAGCCUGCUCUUGCGCAUUGAUGUGCAGAAAUCCACCUCCAGUGCAUGGAGACAGACAUUGUCAGCAGCUAAUGUCAGCUACAGUGACUGGUUGAAACUUUGACAAUGCUGUGGACUUUUUGAGCUUCAGGUACCAUCUCAAAACAGACAUAAACCAGCAGCUGAGAUCCACACACAGUGCCACACACAGUCAUGAGAAGGGGAAGUCAGUAAGCUUUGUCUCCUCCCCACCCCAGUGUGCAUGGAAGCAUUUUGUGGCCAUGCGUGCGGGAGCUUCUCUGAAUUCUGCCCAGUGUUUGCUUGAAGAAACUUGCAGACUCGCAUUCCAGAGGUCAUUAUGGCUUCCAGGUCUGUGAAGGCUACAUGGCCACUUUCAGCUCCUGCAGAUGUUGUUUCCGUAGGCAGGGCCUGGAAAAAAAACACAGAAACUUACAAAGAAGCAAAAAGUUCAAGAAUUAAAGCCAACUCAGGUUUAUCCUUGCCUGCUCUGUGAACUAGUAAAUGGAGCAUUCCUCUGCUAUUAUCACCCAAGCCUUCUUGUUCAUCUCCAUAACAGAAUAACCUAUGUCUGUGCAUUGUUUUUUAAAAAGCAUUUUUAUUUGAUUUUACAAAUACAAGGUUAUUAAAAUCCAAAUAUAAAGCCAUGUACAGAGAUUCCUCUGAAUCUCGUGACUCCCCACCCCCACCCCCUCCAUGGGGUCCAAUUUUGAACAUUUACAACUGCAUAUUCUUCCAUACUAUUUUAUAUCAAUCCAUAUUGUCCGUGAUAUUUAUUAGACUACAAGUGAAAUCAAAAUCCUGCCAGUGUUUCCAUCUGCUUACAGUGGUCUCCUAAAUAACUUAUACAUUUUCCCAUUGUUUUAUAAAGGUUUUGUCCUCUUGGUUUCUGAGUUUUCCAGUCAGUUUUGCCAUUUUGGCACAGUCCAUCAGCUUGGUUUGCCAUUCCUCUCUGGUAGGGACCUUGUCUUCUUUCCAUCUCUGAGCUAGUAGCAUCCGGGCGGCUGUUGUUCCAUACAUAAAAAGUCUUUUCUGCUCCUUUGGAAUGCCGGUGCCUAUAAUUCAUAAUAAAAAAAAGCUUCUGGUUUCAUGAUGAUAUAUAGUGUUUGUGCGUUUUAUAUCCCCUCAUGCAAUGCUCUGCACCUUGACUGAACCUUCUUCAUUCUGAUGGUCUGGCUAGCUUGGGUGAGUUUGGCAUAUAGAUAGCCUACCUCUGGUUUUACCGCCAUGCAACAUCUCUCACUCCCAAUUUCUAUGGUGUUCAGAAUUUCAAAAUAUUGCAUGCCGGUGGUGGGGAAUCUGUGGCUCUCCUGAUAUUGCCAAGCACCAAUCCUGUCAUUCCUGGUCAUUAGCCAUGUUGGCCGAGGCUCCCAACUCCAGCAACAUCUAUAGGACCAGAGCCUUCCCAUCCCUGUCGUACUGUUUAGGAAACAAAGUGAUCCCCAUAAAGGCAGACAGUAUUUCUAGGAACCAGAGCUGACUCUAUAAAGUUACAGUGUCAUUCUACUCAAGGCAACUGGCACAUGUAGGUGCAAAUUCUAUUUUUUGCCGUUAAAUGGGCACAAGGUAUCCUGAUCGCAAUCUCCCCUUCUAACCUGUGUGUUUUGAUCCUCUCCCUCGCCAUCCGACAUACUUGUUUGCAUUUCACCCAAGCCUGUUCACGACAUCCCUCAGGGGGGAAAUUCCAACCCUGCCUUUUCAUCCAUUGCUGGACUCUUCUUUUCCUUGUCUUCCUUCACAAAAAGGCCUUUUAUCGAGUCUGAUUUGCUGGAAGCAGCUAAGCCUGACUGGAGUCCUCCCCACCCCACCCCGCCGCUUCAUUUCUUUGGCCUGAGCUAUUGCUGUUGGGCUCCGGUCCAGGGCUGACACAACGGCCUCUGAGAGGAAGCGAGGCCGGCUGACAUCAGCUGAAAGCAGCGACUGGCUUGCCCUCAGCCUCCUCCUUCCUCUUCUGAGCGAGCAAAUCUGUGAGAACGAGCUCCCAACUCUUGCUUCCUUGACUGGGCCAAAGCCCCAGUCAGAAAAGGGAGCUGGGCUACAGGGCUAAUCUGAUUUCUGGUGGGGGAAAGGGCAAAGAUGUUACAAAUCACCCGACAGAAACUUUGCUGGGAAAAACAGCCAUCCGAAAGAUGGCGUCCUGUGGUACCUCAGAAGGCGACGAGCUUCUUGUGGCAUUAAUAGACAACGGCUUAUUUCAACACACAUGUUUAUUCGGAUUUUUAAAAAUCCACAUUCACCCACUCGCAGAACUUCCACUGUGAGGGUCACAGUUUGCUAAACUUUUAACUUGUUUUUUAAACUGUCUGACAUGGCUGUGGGGAUGAUUCAGUCCCACCACAAGUCCAGCAGAUGAAGAUUCCUGUUUCUCUCUCAUUUGUCUUGCACAGAGAAGGAGAGUAGGAUGGGGACAUGGGGAGCUCCUGCAGCCUCCCCACCUGCCACCAUAGCGAUCUGUCAUGCUGCCUUGAUGAGUGGAGGGGAAGGAAAGAGAAACUGUUGAGCCUCUGCACCUGUGGCAGAGUUGGAUCAUGCCUCAAAUAUUUGCUUAGAGUGAAGAAACGUUGCUAAGGGGGCAUGCGGGCAGUUCCAAAGAGGGCUACAUACUUCACAAAUGGAGCCAGUGUCUUGAAGAAUUGAGGACCAUGGGGAGGUGUCAGCAAAUGCAGCGUUUUCCCUCAUGGCACUGCAGGGAUGGGAGAAGCACCGUUCUGCACCAUUCAGAAGUUGCUAAUGUGCAACGGCACCUGUCAGCAGCAUUCAGUCUUUCCAGACCCAUAAAGUACUGAUAUAAUCCCUAUCUGCGACUUGUGACACAGAUUUAAUUCUGUGGGUUAGAUGUGUGUGUGUGUUUUGCCUCUACCAGCCCUAAGCCUAUUUCUUAUCCCCCCCCUUUCCCCCUUCCUUUUGCUCACCUCUCUCUCUGCCUUUGUCUUCAGCAUAUACUUGUAGCACUGCUGAUUUGGAGGAGAAACACAAACACAUUAGGCUAGCAACUCAUCCACAAGAAAGCUCCAUGAUCCCAUUGGUGGAGCGUGUGUGUUUUCCAUUGGUGGCGCAUAUAUAUAUUCUCGAGUCAUCAGAUGUCUCUUUUUACUCAAGAGUCACCCAGACCUAUAGAUUACUUUUUGCCCUAGCGUCACAGGGCCACAAAGAACAGUGUAAUGGGCAACCUGAUCACAGAAAUCCUGUCAAUAUUCAUUUCUCAGGAAGUGUUUAUAGGACCACAGCUCUGACCUGCAACUGUAUUCAUGCUUUCCUGAGAGUAAGUCCCAUUGAGCUUAGCGAGGCUUACUUCUGAGCAAACAUGUGUAGGAUUGCACUGGUUUUGUCCCUUCCUCUUUAAUUCUUUUAUUCCUAAAGCGCCAUUUGUUAAUCACUGCCAUCCACUUUGUGGCUCAAUCCCAAACUUUUUGGCUUAAAACUUAUAGCCUGGUGAGUUCAGUAAGACCUAUGUCCCAGUCAGCAUGCUGGUAGAUGGGGCAUAUUAUUUGUACCUACAACCCCCCCAAGUCCAUAUUCCAGCCUGUUAGCCUAAAACCAUUAUAUAUAAAGAGAAAAGCAUUUUGUUGACUCUUGGAACAGGAAAGCUCAAUCGUUUUUCAUCUCCCUUUUCAGACGUGAUCCAAUCAUCCUUAUCCUCACACUGCUGUCCUAUGCACAGAAUAGUCUCAGUUAGUACAUUGGGGCUUAUUCCUAUAUAAUCGUACAUAGGAUUUCAGCUUCAAUUUCUCUUUUCUCACUGCUGCCCAUCCCUGACUGACAGUCAAGUGCAAUUCCGUGGAUAUCUAUUUAGAAAGGCCCCAUUCAGUUCAGUACAGUUUAUCCCCAGGUAAUUCGGUACAAUGUAGAUCUCUCUUUUCUUCUCUCUCUGGGACUGCCCUUCUCCUGGUUCCAGCUGCCUCUUUGACAGAUGCAACCCACAUUGUGAGCAAGAACACAGACAAUACACAAUUUUCCACACCCUGCCUCUGUAGUGGCCCCUGCCAGCAUAGGAUUCUGGGGAUAUUUUGUUGAGUCCCCUCCUCCUAGGCCCUGCGGUUUUGGCUGCAUCUCAAAACCCCUUUUGUCUCGUUCUGGCUCUAACGUCCUGCCAGCUGUAGCUGGCCAAGGGGCUGCUGGGUGAGCACAGAGAGGAUGCCAGGGUGAGCGAUGACAACACUCAGGAAGUUAGGAGUGGUGGAAUUCCUUGCUGUUGCUAACAGAGACGUGGGUUUUCCCCAGGGCCUUUUGCAACACCGAGGAUCUUUAUGUACAGAGGGCAUGUACUCAUGCAGGAAUCACAUACCCACCCACUCACAUGCUCUCCCUAUUGCAAAGCACUUUGAGAAGGAGUUACAGGGGCCUAACAGAAGAGAAGAAGAGGGUGAAGAAGGGAUCUCUGGGUUUACCGUAAUUCCCACUUCUGGAAAGGGAGUGAUGUUUUGUGGGCUAGAACAGAAUAGGACAAAAAUAAGUGCCACCAUGAUCAGAAGAAAGAAAAAGCCCGGGCAGCUCUUGCAUCUUUCAGAGCAACUUUAUGUGCAUAAAUUAGCACAGGCAUGGGAAACCUCUGGUCCACUGGCCAAAUUAGGACCCGCCCAAAGUGGCCCGCAGGGUGUUGGAGGAGCUCAGGAUCCAGUCUGCUGGCUGGAUCCUGAAAUGAAGCCUUGCAGAGCGUGAUGGUGGCAUAUAUUGCUGCCGACCAAUUAUGUCCAGCUAUAUGGGCCAGUUCAGAAGCUGGCAACCUUAAUUCUAUCACCAGAUCUGGACAAAAAAUAGUAGUUAACGCAGGGGAAAUGGCUAGACUUCCUGUCUUCUGCCAAGAGGCUGAUGAGGGAAUUGGCAGUGUCCUGAGUCCUGUGGCAUCUUAGAAAGUUUUCUGGGCAUUUGACAGAGAAAAAAACCCCUAGCAAUUCUUGGUUUAUUGGUUUCCGGCUUUGUGACGAGUCAAUGGUGGAGGUUCAGGCAGGGGAAAGCCAGGAUUUAUGAGGCAAAAAUCUUGGCAGUGUUCCCCAGUGGGCUCUGGGGAGCUCACGCCAACCUGAAAGGCAGAGCGGGUGCGACCUAGGAGUGUGUCCCUGCCAUGGAUGAGCCUCCAUCUCCAGCAUGGUUUGUGCUUGGUUUCUCCGUAAUUCGGACAAUUGGUAUUAAUCAAGAGGUGCUCCUGGAUUGACAUGUGCCAAAGGGCUGCAAUCUAUCAGCUGCCAAAAGGAUUGGGCUUGGCUCUUUGGAGUUUAUUGUGGCUUUAUUUUGCUAAUUCGUUAGUUGCCUAAUACAGGGCAGUCUCUAAGGAGACUUACGAUCAAGCAUAAAAUACAUACAAAAUAGUUAAAAAUAACCAUCAACAAUUAAUGAACAUCAAAAUUAAAUCAAUACUUUAAAAAAACACACAAAAACUCCAGCCUCCGCAGGAAACAAGGAAACAGAAAUACUUUCAGCAACUGGCACAAACUAAUCCAAAUGAUGAACUAGGCUCUUGCCCAGGAAAGCUCAUACUACAAUAAAUGUUGUAGCCUUUAAGAUGCAAGAGGGUUCAUUGAUGUAUUUGCUGCAAGAGUCUAAUAGGCUUCUUAGCCCCUCUUAGCUUUUCAGUGUUUCCAAAUUAGGUUAUAAUAAAGAUGAGUGGCCUGGAGAAAUAGAGUGAGGCACUUAAUACCACAUGUACAAGAUUACGUUUUGUGUUUAAUCCAGAGCUAUCACCAGGGUGACCAGCUGCAAGAAAGGACAGGGUUCCUGUACCUUUCAUAGCUGUGUCAAUUUCCCUCUUCCAUUUAGCUACUAAAGGCACAGGAGCCCUGCCCUUUUCAGUAUCUGGCAACACCAGGUUCAGUAGUCAAUUAAUACAGAUUAUAAUCCUCACUUUUACCCAAAGGCAGGUGAGAAAAGGGUGGGAACGGCCCACCCUUUCUCUGUUUAAAAGAGCAUUAACGGGUAACUAAUACACACUGGAUGAUCUGUUGGGCACACCCUUAAGAGUAAUAAUUUCUACUAUGAAAUAAGCAGAGAAAAGUGACAGCAGCAGCACAGAACUACAGGCCUAACAAAACAGUGAGAGAGUGACAAAAGGAAAUGUCUCUACCAAAGAAUUGGUAGGUGUCACGAUUGCCAGAUGUGGUGAUGGUGACUAGCUUAGGUGGCUUUCGUUUUUAUUUUCAAACGGCUGUUAAGCAAAUUCAUGUUGGAUGAAUCCCUCAAUGGCUAUUCGUUGUGGUAAUUAAAUAGACCCCCCAUAUUACAGAGGCAGUAUACCCAGAGGAAUUUUGAACGAAAUGGCUCUCCUUGUACAACAAGAUGGCGGGGAGCCUGUGGCCCUCUGGAUAUUGUUGGACUCUGUUAAAAAGAAUAGCUAAGGGGGCUCUCAAAAAAGGUAAUGAGAGUGGGGCAGAACCCCUCUUCCCUCCCUGUAAUUCAGUCCCCGAACAUAGCUGGUUUUGGAUGGGCAGCCUGAGGGCCAGACCAGCGGUGACUUUCGCUUAUGUGGGUUGGUCUUAACAUGGCUGAUUUCCUAGUUUUUCAACAAAUAGGUGUGGGUGGGCCUGAGGCCAAUAAGGGACCAUUUCCACACACCACAGGCCUGAUCCGGGCAGGAAACCUCAAAUCGGCUAUUUAUUUUGUUUUGGUUUUUUUAAUCAGUCACAAACGGCCAGACUCUCUGCAUAGUUUGAUCCUCAGUAAACAAAGCAGCACAAGCCUGGAAAUUAUGGGGGGGGGGGGGAGGAAUAAGGGUCCUUUAUGAAAUCCACAAACCCCACCUCCCUGUUCCUCCCAGAUUCAGCCAAAUCAUGUCCCCCUGCAGCCUUCGAAGGCAGGAGAAAACAGGGAUUUUCAAAAAAGUUGGCCUUUGUGUAGUUCAAGAAGUAAGUUUUUCAGCAUCUGCCGUUUGCACUUUUUGAGGAGACCUCCCUGAGAAUCUGUCUGUGGCAGAUGAUACACAUGAGGCACCGAGGACAUUUUUGCGUAUGCAACUGGCAGAAGGUCCAGGGAGGCAUCAUGGAAGAUUAAAUACAGAGGGGAGCAGGAGUGGGAGCAGCAGACCAGGGCUCCUCCUGGCAGAAGCCGCCCGCUGUGUUUUUCCAAAGGAAGUCAUUAAAAAUAUACUGAAGUCAGUGUUUAUGAAGUUGCCACAGUUACCAUGGAAGGCCCCUUUUACCUCCUCACUUCUUUGCGGCAGAUGCCCUUAAGAAACCUCCCACCCAAGCCCUGUCGCUUUUUGGCACACACUCAACCCAUCCCCUCUGCAGUUGCCUCAGGCCAUCGCUGAGAAACAUUCCUGGCAUUGCGUUGAACUUGAUUCCACUGGUUUCAGCUCAGCGCUUCCUAAAGGAUGCUUGUGCUAAGGAAGCACUGGUGGAGUUAUUGGGAGUGGCACCGCUGAGAGUCGAGAGCGAUAUGCAGGGGUGUCUGUUGCUGGGAUUAUGGAGACAGAACAGUAACAUCCAAGACCAGGGCUGGCUCCAUGAUUAAGUAGAGUGGCAGCUCAUUUGGAGUGUCUCGAAGGGGCAGCAAACUGUGAAUUUAUUAUUGUUGGAUCUUCACUGUCAGGGAGUGUUGGUGCUUGGGGGAUUCUCCUCUUCAAAUGCCAAAGGCUGGAGAACGGUAGAUACUUACAUGGGAGAUAUGUCCCAGUGAACCCAGCUGGGCUUGCUUCCGAGUAAAUAGGAAUAGGAUUGGACUGAAAUUAACUGGGGCAUUAUGCGCCUUGACUUGUGUGGUUUCGGGUGACACCAUUUUCCUGUUCUGUUCUUUAUGUGGCAAAAUUCCACAGGCAGGCCCUAACAAUGGCUGAAUUGCAUUACCCUUGCUUCUCCACCAUGAGGGUGGGGUGGAUGUUUAUUGUAUCUCUCCCCCCUUUUACUAUUAUUAUAGUCUUAAUAAUUUUGUGUUGCAAACCACUCUUGAUGAAGGGCGAUAUAUAAAUCUAAUAAAUAUAUAAUAAUUCUGGUUUGUGACAGCUUGGGUUCUGCCAUUUUGUCUACAGUGGUACCUCAGGUUAAGUACUUAAUUCGUUCCGGAGGUCUGUUCUUAACCUGAAACUGUUCUUAACCUGAAGCACCACUUUAGCUAAUGGGACCUCCCGCUGCUGCUGCUGCUGCUGCUGCUGCUCCACCGCCGGAGCACGAUUUCUGUUCUCAUCUUGAAGCAAAGUUCUUAACCUGAAGCACUAUUUCUGGGUUAGUGGAGUCUGUAACCUGAAGCGUAUGUAACCCGAGGUACCACUAUAUUUCACUUUUAGAGCCACAGUUGCUGCUGCAGGCAACAGGGGUCCCUUGGAUCUGUGUUGCCAGCUUUUGUCGCAGCCUUGCUCCUGUGUCACUGAGAGCAGCGUAACACAUCGAUGUUAUGCAAGUGACACUUUCUCCCCCACACCCACUGUAGCCAUGCAGCACAAUUCUGAGCAUGUUUACUCAGAAUUACUCACAGGUAAGUGUGCAUAGGACUGUGGCCAGCAGAACUGUACUGGACCAGAUGAAGGGAUGGGGAACCCAUGGCCCUCCAGAAGUUGAUUGGGAUAAAUGGGAGUUGCUGCCCAACAUCUGAAAGGCCGCAGCUUCCCCAUCCAGCAUCCUGAAGUAGCCAGUACUAUUUCCCUCAAGGAAGUGCACAAACAGGGAAUGAAUGCAACAGCUCUCCCAUGGUGUUGCCCCCGCCCCCCGCCAGCCAGCCACUGGAAUCCAGUGGGCAUGCAGGCUCUAAACACAGAGGCUCCAUUUAGACAACUUGGCUAAUAGGCUGCUGAUAGAGUUAUUCUUCCCCACCCCUCGGAAUGUGUCUAAUCCCCUUUUAAAGCCAUCUAAGCCUGAGGCCAUCACCAUACAGUCCGACAGCGAAUUCCAUAGAUUAACUGUGCAUUGCAUGCAGCGGCUGGGGGCGCGCGGGGGGGGGGAAUCCUUUCUUUUGCCUGGCAGUAGACUGUGGGAAUAUUAUGGGAGUUAGGGACAGAAUGUCCUCUCUAUUCGACUUUCUCUGCAACAGGCCUGGGGAAGCCAUGGUCCUCUAUAGUCUAGAGCGGGCAUAGGCAACCUCGGCCCUCCAGAUGUUUUGAGACUACACUUCCCAUCAUCCGUGACCACUAGUCCUGUUACCUAGGGAUGAUGGGAGUUGUAGUCUCAAAGCAUCUGGAGGGCCAGGUUUGCCUAUGCCUGGUCUAGAGGCUCUUAGGCUUCAACUCCCCAUCAGGCCCAGCCACCCUGGCCAGUAAUCAGGGGUGCAUGGGAGGGCCACAGCUUCCCCACCCCCCUGCGCUACAUUCUGCAUAUUUUUUUUAAUAAAGCUCUGUCACGUAGAGCAUGAGACGUUUAAUCUCAGGGGCUCAUGUUGGGCAAAAAAAAUUCCUGCAUUGCAAGGGUUGGACUAGAUUCUCCGUCCCCACCCUACAGUUGGAUUCUCCGCCCUAAACUAAAAAGCCCCCAGUGCGUCAACUUUUCCUUGAUCGUUCAUCCAAUCCCUUGGAUCGUUUUGGUGGUUCUUUUCUUCUCUUCAUUAAUAAAUGUGUUUUAUUCAUUUUGCAUCCGAUGAUAGACAACAGUAAAGAGGACAACAAUGAGUAGUAUCAGACCCUAAACCUUCUGAACAUGUGGCGGUUCUGUGUUAACAGAGAAUUCUUAAUUUCCAGAGGGCUUUGCAAUAUUUACUUGUGUUUUCCCUCAGGACAUCUCUUUAGAGGUAGGUCACUGUUAUUCCCCAAUUAGGCGAUGGAAGAAGCAAGGCUGAGGAAUAGCACUUAAGAGUCUACGGCAGAGACACAAAGUCUUGUAGAAGGGUCAGAGUUCAGUUCUCAAUCUGUUUGUGACAGCGUUGUCUCUCCAGAUGCAUUUGACCCUCUCAGCGUCUCUUGUUUUUCUUGGUUCUCUCCUAGAACUACCUGGAGAUGUCAGGGAACGAAUCUGGGACAUAAAGCUUGCAGAGCAGAAGCCCUUUGCCAGUUAGGCCAGACUUUUUAUUUGUUCCAUGGCAGAUGAGGCAAAGGAGUGAGAAGCAAAGGAGCCAAGAGAGAAAACUGAGGUGGGAGGAGCUACAGCAGCAGCAUUUGGCAACCCUUUUGCAGGGUGGCAUUACAUUCACUAGUAUCAUAGUGUCUGGGUGACUCUGAGGUCAUCCAGUCCAUCCCCUGCAAUGCAGGAAUCUUAUCUUAAGCACAGAGCCUUACGUUUACAUCUGGCUGGUUGCUCCUUUCCAGACAUACCGUCUUGCAGCCCAUUGCAUACAACCAAAUGUGGUAGGGGCUGCUGUUUCUAGAGCUUGACUGGCUGUGGUUUCCGGCUUCCGUCAUCCCCUUUGAUGCCCUCUAGAAAAAAAUUUCUGGUAAAGAUUGCCCAACCUCACCUUCUGGGUAGCCACCACUCUUGCUGCUGUUUUGGCAGGUUGCCUUAUCUCGUCACAGAGCCUGCUAGGGCUGAGCAUGCACAAUUGCGCAAAGCGUGAUGAAGAAAAAUGGAAACAGCUGCAAUUUUUUGAGGGAGGGGGAAAGAGAACUGCACAAUUGCACAUUCCGGGUCGGUUCCACCCAUUUGUUUCCUGUGUUAUUUCUCCUUGUGACAAAUUGCCGAAACUGAAUCGUCCAAUCGCACAAUUGUUUCUGAACCACUGUACGUGGACAAGUUUGACAUGCCUUAAAGUUAAGAUUUCAGUAUUACAGGUUCAUGGAGGAUGGGUCUCUCAGCUGCUAUAAGUCGUACAAACUAUGCCUCCAUGUUCAGAGUACCUCUGAAUAAUAAUCAAUCAGUCAUAAGCACACACAGGCCUGGUUCUCACAUAACACUAAACCAUGGUUUAUUAAACUAGUUUCUUAAACCAUGGCUUAGCGCUAUGUGAAAACCAGCUCAGCAGCUUACCUGUGGUUUAUUAACUAUAGUAAAAGGUUGCUCAUUAACCAAGGUUUGUACUUGGUUUAUAAACCUUACUUAAUGUUAACCAUAGCUUAGCAUUAUGUGCAAGUCCAGACCUUAACUAUGGUUAAGGAAGUGUCACUGCCCCAAAGCUGAGAGUGAAGAGCAGUUCUUCCUGGCUUGUGUGUCCUUUAGUGGGGGGAAAGGGGGAGGAAUGUAAGAAACCAAAGUUUAAAUUAUUGUCUCCCAGAUGCCUCAGUUUUACCUAUGGCUUGCUGUUACAUGCAAACCGUGCCACAGACACAUUUAAUUAUUUAAUUAUUGAGAAUAAAACACCCAUCAGCAAAAAUCCACCCCAUAAAAGGACAAAACAGAGGGUCAGUUAAACAGGGCUUUACAUAUACUAGAAUAACACCAUUUACACCUGGCAUCUAAAUGCGGUAAGGAAGGAAGCCUCCUACUACAUACUCAGGGGUGAGGAAUUCCCAAAGGGGACGCCACUACCAAGAAAUCCCACUUUUCCAGCUGCUAUACCUCAACCAGCAAUAAGAUGCAGCCUCAUCCAGGAAGUCAGUCCUUAAUGAGGCUUGGAAUGCCUCCAUGGAGGCUUAGAAAAAAGCUAGAAAAUAGUUACAGCAGGGAUGGGGAGCUGGUGGUCCUCCAGACAUUGUUGCGCUACAGCUCCCAUCAUCCCUGACCGUCCUCCAUGCUGCCUGGGGCUGAUGGAAGAUGGAGUCCAACAAUACCUGGAGAGCAGCAGGUUCCCCAUCCCAGGAUUGCAAUAUCUCAGUUUCUCAUUCUGGUAUCAUAGCAAGCUGGUGAGGUGGGCCUGUUCUGAGAGAUAGUGGCUUGCUCAAAGCCCACUCAUAGCAGACCGACUGCAUCUUCUCACCAUCUAUUUCUUCACUGUUUGAAGUCACUUCCGCCUCGCCAACCCCAGCCGGCAUCACAGUUCUUCCGAAAACAGGAAGCAGUGAAUGUGUGGGGCGGAAACCAGAGGCGGCAAGAGGCCUUUGCCGUGCACCGAGUGCACCCUGGCUAGCUCCACUCAGGAAGUGGGUUGUUGCACUUACUAAAGAUGGAAAGCAGGCAGGCACGAGGCAGGCAUGGGGAGGAGGCUGGAGGCUAUGAACAGGCCAGAGGUUUGUCUAUGGUUCCUGGCUAUGCUCAGUGAAUUCUGAACAGAUUGUAGGAUCGGAUGUAAAACCCAGGCUCCCCUCCUCUUAAAAACAUUUCUCUGGUGGGGGAAAUAAUCCAGGCAGUAUAUCUGUGCCAAAAUCUUCCUUGUUCAAGAAAUGCAGCUGCAAUUUCUCCACCCUGACUACCAAUUUUAACUUCUUCUCACGGUUUCCGGUCACAGUCGUUCACGUGCACUAGAGCUGCUUUUGCUUCUGAGCGUGCUUUUGGAACCCCUGCCAGGGCAGAGAGUCGUGGUUUGGGAUGGGGUGUUGUGCUAGCUGCGAUAACCUGUGUGCUGUGCUGUGUUGUAAAGGCGAUUAAAACCAGCCGUAGAUAGAAAGAAAACACAUGUAAGAUGUCUGGUACAGACCUGCCUAAACUAGCCCUGCCAUAUGUCUGGAUAUUCUCAAACAUUACCAGGAUUUCAAAGGUGGAAGUCCGGAAGGUGGGCCUUUAAAAAAAGAAAGCUCAACAGGGUGUCCUGGCUUUUAUUUUUUAAAAUGCUACCUAAACAGAAUUGUUUUAAGCAUGUGCCAAAAGCAGUAUGGUGAAGGCACCUGCAGUGAGUUCCAAAGAUUGUGCGCUGCGACACUAAAAUACUGAUUUCUUGCAAGUAUUGUGUUGCACUGUAACGGUGGCAGUUCCACAGGUGAAAGUGCUUGAUAAGGCAUAUAUAAAGCAAGGUGAUCCUGUAAAAUAUUACGGUUGUGGGUUUGAGCCCCAUAUUGGGCAAAAGAUUCCCCGCAUUGCGGGAGGUUGGACAAAAUUAUCCUUGAGGGUCCCUUCCAACUAUGAUUCAAUAGUAGCACCUUGAACUGGGCCCAGUAGCAAAUCGGCGACCGGGGCAGAUCUCUGAGCAGUGGUGGCAGAUGCUGACAAGCUCUCACUCCUGACAGCAACUGUUCUGCAGCAUUCUACGCUAACUACAACUUUCCGAUGAAGUGCAAGGGAAGCUCCACAUGGAGUGCCUUGCAGUAAUACAGUGGAGCCUCGCAAGACGAAAUUAAUUCGUUCCGCGAGAUUUGUCGUCUUGCGAUUUUUUCCAUCUUGCGAAGCACGGUGUCGGGAAAGUUUUGGAAAAGCUUCAAAAAUCACCAAAGUCUUUAAAAACCUCAAAAAAGGCUACCACACCGCGUUCUAUGAGUUGCUCCUCGAAGUCAAGUCGCAACUGUAUUAACGGUGUUAAGAAAAAGGAAACAAACUUGCAAGACGUUUCCAUCUUGCGAAGCAAGCCCAUAGGGAAAAUCGUCUUGCGAAGCAGCUCAAAAAACAAAAAACCCUUUCGUCUAGCGAGUUUUUUGUCUUGCGAGGCAUUCGUCUUGCCAGGUACCACUGUACAAUCUCCAAGUCACCAGCGUCUGAACUGCUUUCACGCUUUUCAUGAAAGUCACGAAUAUGUACAAUGUUGGGGGGGGGGGGGCAAAGGGUGUUUAAGGAGAUAACAGAAAUCACUGGGUUAAAGCUGACCGAAAGUCCAGAGGUAGCAUUGUUAUCAAUUUACGAUGGGGUAGAAGGUUCGCAGGGGACGCGGGUGGCGCUGUGGGUUAAACCACAGAGCCUAGGGCUUGCCGAUCAGAAGGUCGGUGGUUCGAAUCCCUGCGACGGGGUGAGCUCCCAUUGUUCAGUCCCUGCUCCUGGCAACCUAGCAGUUCAAAAUCACGAAGUGCAAGUAGAUAAAUAGGUACCGCUCCAGCGGGAAGGUAAACGGCAUUUCCAUGCGCUGCUCUGGUUCGCCAGAAGCGGCUUAGUCAUGCUGGCCACAUGACCCGGAAGCUGUACGCCGGCUCCCUCGGCCAGUAAAGCGAGAUGAGCGCCGCAACCCCAGAGUCGUCCGCGACUGGACCUAACGGUCAGGGGUCCCUUUACCCUUUACCUUUAGAAGGUUUGCAGGCUAUGAAGGACUUGCUCACAAAUUUAUUGACAGCUGCACGAAUUAUGAUAGCUAGGAAGUGGAAGGGGCAAGCAGAAUAUAAAAUGGAAGAAUAGUAUAAAGAGGUAUGGGAUAUAGCUAAUAAUGAUAAAUUAGCAUGUGCCAUUAAUGUAAGAUGGGGAAUAUGCAGGAGAAUGAUUUUGAGGAGAUAUAGAGGGUUGUUUGCAGAAAUUGUACUGUUAAAACGGAAAUGGGUCAAACCAUUGCUAGAGGUGUUGAAAUUUUGGGAGGUUGGAUAUUUACAAUGGAAUGGCCUCAGUGGUGGGGUGCACAUUUUUAUUCUUAUUCGUUUAUGAUUAUUACUUUCUCAAAAUUAUAAAGAAAAAUUUUAUAAAAGGAAAGAAAUAAAUUCAGGAAAAGGAAAAGUCACAAAUGUGCUUCCUCCCCCUCUUUCACCCUUGCAAGGUAGGUUUGGCCAAGAGGUUGUCACCGGCUAAUCUGUGGCCCUUCAGACAUUGGAUUCCAACUCCCAUCAGCUCAGAGAGAUUUCUGCCUGAAGAGCUGCUGAGCUCUGUAGACCAAAUGUUCUGACUUGGUAUACGGCAGCAGUCACAGGGUGUUUGUUACACGCAUGCAGUUUCGGUUCAAAUCAUUAACGGUUGAGCUUGCAGGUGAUUCUCUUAUUUUAAGGCACUUCCUCCAGAACCGCAGAGGUCUUUGUUGUAGGCCACUUCGCUUCUGCUUGCAGCAGUCUUAUCGGUUGGGAUAAAUGUGGGUUAAUCUGCAGGGAAUUAAUGUGGGUUAGAGAUAAGAAGAUCCUGUCUCGGCAGGGUAGAGGGCAGGAUUAGAGCCAGUAAAUCCUAAAUGGUACACCACAGCACGCUGGUGUCCCAGAAGAGUACUGCUAUGAGAAAUAAACUAAUGACAUAAUUAAAAGUUCCUGUGAGCCCAGAGGAUUUACCGGUAAAGGAGGUAGCCUGUUGUAUCUCUUUGUGUUACAUCGUUCUCUGCCCUGCGUGGGAGGCAGGAAAUUAUUUCCAGCACUGGAUGCCAGCGUCACUCCUAAUUAGUUGACAUCCGUCCGUCUUAGGAGACAAUGGAGUGCACCUUGCGGGGUGAGAUCAAGCUGUUGAGCGGUUGCAGCGCCUGCUGUGGCUGUAGAUGCGGGAGAGACAUGUUUUGUUGCAGCUGGGGCAGAUGAAGGCGGCCAGUUGUGCUGCUGCAGAUGCACUCCUAAUAAAGCAACAAAAGAACUACUCAUUCUUAGAGGAGGCUGCCUGUUCAUCUCUACAUGAGUCAUGGACUGGGGUUGCAGGGUCUGGAGUAGGGAUUGCCCUUUCCUUACCACCUUCUUGGUACGAGAGUAUUUUCCUGUUUUAAUCCAGAGGAGGUGGCUGGAGGGCAAGGUGGGGUUGUGGAGAAGAAAUGUGACUCAUCUACCAGUCUGGAAGUGUUUCUGGUCGUAUUUGUGCCUAAGAUAACCUUUCAUAUGAGAUCAUAAUAAAGCAAAACCCGGUAGUAGGGUUGCAUGCUCUGCACAUCUUGAGAAAGCUGAUGGUUCCUUUUAACCUGCUUAUUCCUGUACAUAAGAGGAUUCCACACUCGUAAAAUGAGUUUGCUACCCAUUUCUUGCAUAUAGGAGUUCGUAGAAUGGGCCCUCCGCCCCACACAAUAGCAUUCAUGUGUUGUAGCUGCCUAUCCUUUCUUCCCCAGCUAAUAGCAGCUUUUAGGGAUGGGGAAUUAAGAUCAGAACAAGGACUAGAGGAGUAGAUGUUGAGCAAGGGCUCAACCCCCAGCGUCUCCAGGCCGGACUGGGCGAGAACCUACUCUGAAAUCUUGGAAAGCCCCUGCCAGCCAGUGUAAGACAGUACUGAACUAGAUGAACCAAUGAUCUGACUAAGUAGAAGACAGCUUCCUACGUUCAGGCCUCUCCCAUAGGCAAAUUCCCCGAUCUUCAAAGCCGCCGUACGGAGGUGGCAAUUAAAAAAAAGAAGCCCAACAGUAAUUGCAAGAUAUCCUAAUCCUAGAUCUCUCGUGCCACUUCCAGACUGGCAAGAAGUAUCCUGGCUCACCAGUCGAGACAACCUGCUUUGCAUGCAGACGAUAUCAGAUUCAUUCCCUGGUAUCUCCAGUUAAAUGGCUCGGGCAGCAGGUAACAGGAGAGACAUUUAACCAAGACCUUGCCAGUCAGAGCAGACAAUAUUGAGUUACAGGAACUAAUAGUUUGACCCCAAUAUAAGGCGACCUCCCGUGUUUGGUCCUCAGUGAAGGUGCAAGAAAAAUAUCUCCUUUCCUGCUCUGCUUCCUGUUGUGAAAUUUACGCUCUCUCUGACGGCAUCAUUACAAAGCACAACUGGGUUUAUUUAAUAAUUUUUUUAAGGGGUGUGUCAUCAGAGCAGCAGCACACAAGGUUGAAUUCUUCCUUCCCCUUGCAAUUAAAAGCUCCUAUAGGUGUGAAAGGGGGGGGCUGAUUUUCAUCAAGAUUGCAGCUGGGGACGGGCGGAUUAUAUCUCCUCGUGCAUUGCCUUCUCUGAAAAAAUGGCGUACACUCCUUACCUUUUGUUAGAUAAACAAAACGAAAACUUCUACUUGUUGUUUUUUUAGUUCAUGUCUCUCGUAUCAAGUGUAGUUUGGCCCUGAGGGGGACGGUCUCAGUACUCUGGGAAGAAGAAAGAGCAGGCCUUGUUCGUGUACUGCUGCAAACCGCUCUUUAAAGAGAAGUCCAUUUUCCUCACUUGACUUACUUCUGGUGUACAGGAGUUGCAGAGCAUUCAGGACUUAAAUGGGUACUUGUUAAAGCAGAAGUUAACUGUGUGGAUGUGGCUGAGAUCAGAGUCUGAGCUAGUUAAGCUUUAAAUGCCCGUUAACCGCUCUUCUGUACUUGCAGUCAGAGUGGAUUUUCGUGCUUGCAGUGAAGUGGUUGCUCAUUGGGCGGGCCUGAAACAGUCGCCGUUUCUCAAUCUAUAUAUAAGCCAAAGAGACAUUUCUUUCCCAGCCUGCAUUGAUUGGUGCAGAGAACAAGGUUGUAGCCUUGUGUAUGUUAGUCUUGUGGUGGGCUUAAACCAGAGACGCCUGCCUUCAAAUGUUUCCACAAAGCUCACUGGGUGACUGUGGGCUUUUCAUCAUUCUCAUAGCCUGAUCUCCCCUGCAGGGUCGCUGUGAAGAUAAAGGAUGGCACGUGAGACACUCUAAGCUCCUCAGGAAAAGGGUGCGAAAGAUCUAUGGAGUACAAUCCCGUUUCUUUACUCCCCUACUCCGGAAAGCCUCACAUCCUCAAAGGCAAGCCGACUUAGACCCCAUCUGCACUGUAUACUUAAAGCAGUAUCAUACCACUUUAAAAAGUCAUGGCUCCAGCUGCCCCGCCCCCCCCCAAAUGAGCUAAAAUUCCAAAAGUUCCCUGGGAAGAGGAAUUGGUUGUUAAAUCACUCUGGGAAUUGUAGCUUUGAGAGGGAAAUGGGGUCCGCUAACUACUCUCAGCACCUUUAACCAGCAGCAAGGUUCUUUGGGGAAGCCAUGACAGUUUAAAGCUGCAUGAUACUGCUUUAAGUGUGUAGUGCAGGUGAGCCCUUGGGGAGAGAUGGGGAUUUAUAGCUAAGGCUGUAGGCAGAAAUGUGUUUGUUGCAGGCACCCCACUGCUUCCGCAUAGCGUUUCCUGUUUAAAAGGAGCCACCUAAGAGCACCUGCCUGGAUAUAUAUAUAUAUAUACACACACACACACACACACACACACACACACACGUGUAGCGUUUUGUGGAAGAGCUUUAGCGUCAGACCUGGGUGAAGCUAAAUUGUGCUGGACAACAAAGGUGGCAUUAAAAUGGAACUGCAGAUGAAAGAGUUCACCUCUGCCUAUGCUGCUGUUCUUUGUUAAGAAUAUCCUGGCUGGAGAGGUAGAGCUACAGCGUGACCUGCCUGCUUUUCAGACUGGACAUGUUGCCCCACUCCUCCUCACCCCAAAAUGAAGCCCCUUUUCUCUGACAGCCCCUUUACGCCUACGAUGGUCAGGGCUCCAGGAGAGAUAAAAGCUCCAAUGGGAUACAUCCCAUCGGCGAGGGAUGCACAACCUGCGGUCUUGCACAUGUGAAACUCUAGCUCCCAUCAACCCCAGACAGUAUGGCCAAUGGCCAGGGGUUAAUAUGCAGAAGGAUAUUAAGUUUGCAAAUUGAGAUAAAGAGAAAUGAAACAGGAAAAAAGAAUUGGCAUGGCAGUGAAUAUCCAUUCCAAAUAGAAAUAUGAUGCUUAGAAGCACCCCACUCCAGAAAAAAAAACCCACAGACUAAACACUUAAGACACACCUCAGAACAAAACACAGAUAAAAGAUCAGCAUCCCUCCCCCAAACCCCUCUUUAAACAUUGGGAGGGACAGGGGGCCUGAGCAGGCAACAAGAGAGGUGUCUGAGAGUGCUGUUAGGGCUGCCAUAUGUCCGGGUUUUCUCGGACACAUAUGGGAAUCGGGCUGCAGAAAUGGCGUCCGGGUGGAUUUUUGCUGAAUUGGUAAAAUGUCUGGGAAAAUCUGGACAUAUGGGGGGGGGGAGAUGUUCCCCCCAAAAGCUCAACAGCUUUGACCCCCCCCCCCAAAAUGGCAAUCCUAGCCUAUGGGUGUCAUGAUGGAGGACCUCAGAUCUAAAGAAUCAUAGCAUUAUAGCUAUCACGCCCAUCUCUCUCGUAACAAUCCUGUAAAUGGGGCAGAUUAGGGUUCAAUCAAUGAAUGACUUGAUGUUCAAAAGCUGCAGGAAGGAAAGCAAACCGCAAUCUCAUCCCUUUGGGACUGGGAUCCAACUGCAUACCUGAGUCUUCUAGUGCCAGUGGGUUGCUCUCCAGAUGUUGGACUACAGCUCCCAUCAGGCUUGACCAUUGGCUGUGCUGACCAGAGCUGAUUGGAGAUGCAGUUAAACACGUUGGCAGCCCCUGUUCUAGUGUGCAGUAGCAGGAGAGGCAAGUCAGCCGAAAGGGGGGGGAAAGGUGCCUUCUUCUUUCUUAGGCAGAGGUUGGAUGGCCAUCUGUCAUAGAUGCUUAAGUUGAGAUUCCUGCUUCGAAGGGGUUGGACUAGAUGACCUUUGGGUCCCUUCCAGCUCUAUGAUUCUUGAACCCUUCUUCCAUCCAAUCCCAAUAGAUAUAAACAGCACUCCAAGGCUCAUGUUGCAGGCUGGCUGGAGCCCUGAACAAGAGCACUCCUGGUGGUUGGGGAAUUGCUGCAACAUUUUUUGGUUGGUGUUUCAGCUCCUUUAUGUUUGAACUGGCCUGCUAAAUUAAACCCAUCAUUCAUUCAUUCACACCUUUCAUGCUGCCUGGAGGUCUGCUUUGUGAUGAUACUGGUUUUGUAACGCCAAUUUGUUUUCAUUUAUUUUGUUUUAUUAUGCUUGUGAGCCACUUUGAGAGUCCUGUGCAAGACUGAGAGGCUACAUAUAUGCUGCCACUCUGCCAGGAAGUACCUGAGACAGCAUAAAGCCUUCAAAAAAUGCAAGGCUGCCUCAAAAGCGCCGAAACUCACUAAAAGCUGGCAUUAAAUUCAAAGCAGCAGCAUAAAAAUACACCACAAAACUGUUUGUAGCGCCCCAGCGGUAAAAGCCACGGUCUAUUUAAUUACUCAUCAGUACAUAGCGACUAAAACAAAAAGGGUUUUUUAAAAAAAUAAAAAAUAAAAGCAAUAAAAUCAGUCACAACAAAACCUAAGCACACCACAAGAACAGUAAAAUAAUGAGUCCAAAGAACGUUUAUGAUUAUAAGCAUAUUACUGUCUUGUGCUGACUGCCAGGAAAAGCUUUGUAAAACAUCAAAUGACAUCAGUCGCCAGCAAAAUGCUGUUGCUACGGGGGUGGCCAAAUGGGUUUCCCUUGGGAAAGAGUUCUGCAGCUUGGGUGCCACAAUAGAGACAGCCCCUAUCUCUCUUUUUUGUUUAUUUUCUGAGCCAUCAGUGGGACUUCAAGCAGAGACUUUUCUCCCAGAUCUUGGAUAGCAAGACGGAAUGUACGGGAGAAGACAAGUCAAAUGAAGUAUUUGUUUAUUGUUACUUAAUCCUACCUUUCCUUACAGUGGUUGUCAACCUGUGGGUCCCCAGAUGUUGUUGGACUACAACUCCCAUCAUCCCUGAGCUCUGGGCUUCCAGGCUAGGGGUGAUGGGAGCUGUAGUUCAACAACAUCUGGGGACCCACAGGUUGAGAAAGGCUGUGAGGGUGAUGAGCUUAGCUCUUUCUUUGCUGCUCUCCUUAUUCUCACAACAGCCCUGCAAAAGGCUCGGCUGAGAAUAGGAUGCCCUCCAGAUGUUGUUUCACUACAAUGCCCAUCAGCCCCAGCCAGGGUGGUCAAUACUGGGGAUGAUGGGAGUUGGAGUUCAGCAUCUGGAGCUCUGCUCUAACCGCUAUGCCACAUAGGUGUAGGUUCUCUUUAAAGACAGACUCCUAUUGAUACGAUGGGCGAUCUGUGGCUCUUCAGGUAUUGUUGGACUCUGACUCCCAUGAGGCCCAGCUAGCAUAGUGAGGAGUGAUCCAACAACACUUGGAGAGCCACAAAGUUCCCCAUCUCUACUUUAAAGCUCAGCUCCGAAAUCUUAGCAAGGACCCAGCAGAGCCGAGAAUAGUGUUGUUUUGCUCCCAGCGCAAAAGCAAUCUUAAGUGCAGAAUUCUGUGCUAUCCUGGAUAAUUUUCAAGGCUUGCUCCUUGUAGAUCCUGUUGCCAAGGCAACAGAUGACAGUGUUCAGAUCCUUAUUAGAGAGGAAGGGGUUCUCAAGCAAUUGAUGAAACAGAGCUCUCCCUCACCAUGCAAAGUAGAUUCAACAAGCACUCGCAACUGCAAGCUUGCGGUAGACAAAACAACCUAGGAUUGCCGUGCCAGCAACACUCGCAUCUAAGCAUCUAGUGAACUUUGCUGCAUUAUCCCUCAUCUGUGCCACAGCACCAUCCACACAUAUUUUCAAUGCCGUUUGAGUGACAGCUGGCCAUCAGUUAAGAUAACCAAUACAUGGGUUAUAGAAUUUGAGGGGACCCCAGGGGUCAUCUAGUCCAACCCCCUGCAGUGCAGGAACAACCAUCAAUAUAACUUAAUACUUCUGAGGGUAUGGGGUACCGUGCAGGGUUUCAGAGGCCCAAAAAGACAGUUCCCUGACGUCGGAAGAGAUUACAACCCAAGGGAAUAACUAACGUGGUGGGGUGAGCAAGAGUAACAAGGGGGAAAUGCGAGCAAGGCCAUGCAACUUAAAUAGACUUAAAAGUGGCUCCGGUUUGGGACAAAGAUUAAGAGGUUUAGCCAAAAGCAGACAUAAUUACAAAGGAAAAAGGAAACUGGGAGACCUGAAAGGAAAAACAAACAAAUGUUGCCACGUGAAGUGCUUCUAUUCAGAGUUCCAGUCCUUUUCUGUUCCCCACCCCCAGUUUUUUAAAUUUCUCCCCCUCCCUGAAAGACAGUCAGCAUUCUGCAGACACUGAGCAGCUGUUUUAGGAUCUCCCUCCUCUUUUUUAUUUCCUUUUCCCCUCUAAAGAUUUGUGGACUUCCGGCAAACCUUUCAGAGUUUCCACAAACUGGUCGGUACCUUCCUCUUGUUUGCGUGGGUUGUGCAGUUUUGACUACAGAAGGAUCAGCGCUUAGAUAAUGGGCUGGCUGUUGGUUUGUUUAGGGAUGGUUUAGGUGAGAACUCAGAAGCCAGUUUCCAUGGGUGUAGCCAAGGCGGGGGGCAGCUGCCCCCCAUCAAGUAAAACAAUAGAAAUACUUAACUAACUGAUCAAUCAUGUCGGUACUGCCCCCCCCCCCAUAAUCCUGGCUACACCCAUGCCAGUUUCUUGUUCUUUCCCCUGUACUGUUUCACAUCUGAUCCUUGCUAUCAGUGGGCAUCCCCUUCCUUGGCCUUCUCAUUGCCCUUCCCUCCUUCCCUCUUCUGUCUUGAAUUUUGCAUUUCCUCCCUCCUCACGGAGGAAUGCACCUGUUCUGAGUCACCCACUCCACCAAAACAGCCCUGGGUGGGCAGGAGACAGACGCCCAGGAGCCCUGCAGCUUCUGCUAUACCACCACCAAGUCUAGAGAGAACCCUCUCGGGACUUUUCUCUUCUUUUCCUUUGCUGCUGAUAACAUGCGUGGGAAAAGAAAAAAAAUCCAGAAAGCAGCUUCUGGGUCUCCUCCUGGGAAGAGAGCCGGGAAUAUUUAUUCUUGUAUGAAAUGCUAGCGUGGCAGAAGUGAUUGUGAGCCAGAGUCCACUCAGUCAGGUCAUAGAAUCAUGGAGUUGUAGAGUUGGAAAGGGACCCUGAGGGUCAUCAAGUCCAAACCCCCCACAAUGCAGGAAUCUUUUGCCUAUGGCAACCCUAAAAAAAAGCUUAACAACUUUGGGGUAAAAUCCUUUUAAAAAGGUCAACAACUUCAUCAAAUCUGGCCCUCUUUGAAAAAGUUUGGAUACCACUGGCCUAUGGGGCUCAAACCCAUGGACCUGAGAUUAAGAGUCUCAUGCUCUAUCGACUGAGCUAUUCCUCUCAUAUACCACUACAGAUACCUUGGUUGUCAGAUGCCUUGGUACUCAAACAACUUGGAACCCAAACACUGCAAACCCAGAAGUAAGUGUUCCGGUUUGCGAACUUUUUUUGGAAGUCGAAUGUGCUCUGUUUUGAGUGUUACGCUUCUGAUUUGAGUGCCACACUUCCGUUUGGAGUGUUACGCUGAGGUCUGCCUGUUUUUGCUAUUUAUUUUGCAUUUUUGUUUUUGCGGCUGUUUUUUGUUUUGUUUUUGUGACUGUGUGGAACCCAGUUCAGCUACUGAUUGAUGGACUGUGUGACUUCAGUAUAUUGUUUAUUGCUUUCAUUUUAUGGAUCAGUGGUCUUGUUAAAUAGUAAAAUCAAUGUUAAAUUGCUGUUUUAGGGGUUGUUUUUAAGAAGUGUGGAAUGGAUUCAUCCAUUUUGCAUUAAUUUCCAUGGGAAAGUGCGCCUUGGUUUUGGAACGCUUUGGUUUUGGAACAGACUUCUGGAACGGAUUAAGUUUGGGAACCAAGGUACCAUUGUAUAUUCUUAUUGUGGUGCAGCAGCUAGUUAGAUCCCUCAGCCAUGAAAUUCUGCUGGAAAUUAUUUUCGCAAAUCACAUAUGUCUACGGGUAGCCCCAAAUCAGACUGGCUGUGGUAAAAGUGGAAGGGAAAUUAACCUUUCUCCCCACUCCCUAGUCCAUUUUGGCCCUCACUGAGUAGCCUAUGUAAUCCCAUCCCAUCACGAUUUUGAGAUAAGGCGCAAUGGCUGCUUUCUUUGUGUUGGUGGUGUGGAAAAUGCACUCUGCACAUGUUCUGUGGCAUUCUAGUAUUACUUUGUGUGCUGUAGUCUAGAGGCUGAAAAUAGGUUUUGAGGUUAAGCCGCAUAUCAUCAUAGUUCUCAAAGGAUAGCUUCUACAUAACCAGAGGGCGGGGGGGACCAAAUGAAAUAGACUGAUCUUCUGUGCUCUUAUCAUCAGCUUGGAAGCUUUCCAAGCAAGGAUUAGCAUGAUCACCUGGUAAUAUUUGACAACAUGUUGUUAAAAGCAAAGUGAAGCCAGUUUUUAAAAGGUGAGCUUUUGCGCCUACUGAUACUCCCCCCCCCACUUUUGCUUAAAACCCUUCCCAUGUUAAAAACAAAACAAAAUCCAAGUACAUCAAAUUGCAAAUAUCAGAAUACCAUACCAGAAUUCAUGCCACCUCGUUCUGCUGCAUUCUUCUGUGUGUGUUGAGUAUCCAGCUGUUUUUGUACUACAUUUCCAAUCAUCCCUGACCACUGGUUCUGCUAGCUAAGAACAAUGGAAGUUGUAGUCCAAAAACAGCUGGAGACCCAAAUUUGGGAAAUCCUGGUGUAGACCAACACCCCACCCCCAUUUCUGAAGGUGUGACUCUUCGUGGUCAGGCCCAUAACUAGAACUGGCAAGUUUUUGUUUUUUAACUGCUUCCUGUGACUGGAACAGCAGCUUGAAUUUAUUCAGCAAGUGACAAUGUUUGCCGCCGGACUGUGGAACUGUUUCCCCUUUUCCUUUCUGUUGUGAAGGCACAAGCCAUUUCCAACAUACCCUCUCCAUGCCAUUCGGCAAGGCUUUUCUCUUCCCUGUUCAGUCUACAAACAAAUCUUCUCUGCCCUGGGUCAUUAAUAGACUUCAGUUAAUUGAGAUUAGCUUGGAUUAAUUCCCAUGGGAACACUUGGGAAGGAGAUCAAGGACCCCCUAGGUCGCUAAACAUAGGGGGCCUGGGAAGGAGCACGUUGAUGGCAUCAGCGGCCUGAACCAACAAUCUGGAAACUGGGUCCUUAAAACAGCAAUGGGGGGGGGCUUCUAAGGGGUUCAUCCCUGCCUGCCAGAACCAGCAGGACUUUAUGACAAAAUCAAAAACAAAGUCUGGGCUUCCGUGGUCCAUUCUGAGCUCAGCUUUGUAAAGUUACAGUUAAUCAUUUACAGAGGACGUUUAAAGCUCUGUAAGUUAAGCACUUUACAAUCCCUAUCGUGUCCUUUCUCACACCAUCCUUCUGAAGUACAUGAUUCCCCCUGCUUGUACAGCAAACAAAUUGUGCAAGGCAGCGCCUUAGGUCAUGACUUCCUGUGUUGCCUGAGAUUCUAUCUUUAGGUCACUCUGGGUCUUCCUUGUUCCAGGUAGCAGCAGCAAUGAGGUCGUGUCAUUCAGGGCUGCAGAACCAUUGGCCCGCCAGAUGUUGCUGGACUACAACUCCCAUCACCCCUGACUGUUGGCUGUGCUGGCUGGGGCGGAUGGGAAUUGGUGUUCAGCAACAUCUGGGGAGGGGCAGCUAUCCCCCAGCCUUGAUGUGCAGCGUUAAUUUACGAAAAUAAAAAUGAUGAAUGAACUGUGACCACCUUUUUCCCGGUGACCUUAUUUUCCCCUGCCAUAGCUUUUUUUUUGCUUUGCUGCUAUGUGGCUUAUGGAAAUUCCACAGGUGCGGAGUGUGAUUGUUUUCCUGCUCUGCUAGCAGCCUUCCCAGAAGUGUGAGAAACAGGAUGCUGGACUCGGUGCAAGGCACUUAGGUUUUUAUAGCAAGGAAAUUGAUUAAUAGAGCUAAACAUAAUCUGUUGAAUUUUGGCCUCCGCAAGUUACUGAGUUUUAAGCCUGUCUAGAAGCCACAUUUCCUGACCUUUGAAAGCCAGGUCUCUUGGCCCAGAUGUCUCAGCGGAAGUCGAGAACCUUUCUUUCUUCAGACGUUCUCCGUAUGUUUGCUAGAUGCAUGCAGGGAUGAAGCACUGGGGUGGGGAAGGUUGGGGUUCUUGAUCAAUUCCAUUUGUCCAUUGCUGGGGGACAUGAGACCCUCCAGAUGUUGUGGGCUGAAACUCCGAUCAACCUCAGCCAGCCUGGCCAGUGUGGUCAAAGAAGAUGGGAGUUUUAGUUUACAAAAUCUGGAGGACGCCCCCAUGGGCUAGCCUUCUACAGUAUUACAGGCAACCUGGGCAAAUUGGGAUAGCACCACUGUCUUUCUGUGCCAAAUGUUUGGUAACGAGAGUAGCUGACUGAGAUAACUGCCAACCUACCUAUCAGGGAACUGCCAUCAGUGCCGGAGGGAGAGAGCAAAAUCCAGAGGGAUUCCAGAGAGCGUCCCGGGAUUGGGAGAGGCAGCCCAUCUUCUGGGGAAGAGAAUCAGCGUAGCACCAGUGGAGAAGGGGGGCAGAUGGGGGAAGCGGCGAGGCGGUCCCAUGACUCCUUGCCGGGGACCAGCAGGGAGAGUAAGGGUCCUCCGCUGCCUACGCCCUCCUUGCGCAGAAGGCUUCCGCGCAGGGAGAGUAGGAGGAGACUAGGCGUCAAAGAGCUUCUUUGCUGGAAGAAGUUUAAGAAAUGCCCACUGACGGAUUCUGCCAGCGAUUGAGACAGCCACGGGUGAGUGGCUGUCCGGACAGAAAAGGUUCACUCGGGCAACUCAGCCAGGUGUUUGCACCGGCUUACGCACGAGCAACCCCUAGAACCACUACACUACCAAUGGGUUGAAGGGAGAUUAGGCAAAUUCAUGGAGGCUAAAGCGGGCAAUGGCUUCUAGUCAAGAUGGCUAUAUGCUACCUGCAGGAUUAGAGGCGAGCCAAGAGUGCUUUUACACUCACAUCCUCCUGGGGGGGGGGUUUCAGUAGGCAUCUGGUUGGCCCCUUGGGAGGAACACACUGAAUUGGAUGUAUCUAUUUAUUUUAAAAUCUUUUAAGAGACUUUUUUGUCUAUAAAUCUCAGAGCAGCACCCAAUAGCCACAAGACCGUGAAGACCGAUAAAUAACAGUUUAAACAUUCAAAUUGCCAUAGACUUUCAGCAACUGCAGCUGCCGGAUCCAAACAAUAUCAACAGCCAGGAAAUGUCAGGGUAGGCAGAAAGGUCUGCGAAAACACCCCAUGCUCAGUGCUCGCCUGGUCUCCAUGGGGAUCCUGCUCCUUUGGUCUGAUCCAGCAAAGCUCUUCUUAUGAUCAACUGCUCCUCCUGAGGCCCAAUGUCCACUACUGAGAGCCUGUCAGAAUAUAUUGGGUCCUUACCGGCCCCCCGCAGGCAGCAUAUUCUAUCUCCUCUUUCUGCAUGCUAUUUUGGACUGCCAUGCUCUCAGCGCUCGCCAAGGUGACGGGUCUCAGAGGACGCCUGCCCUUGAGAAUGGUUGCUUGACUCUCUUCCGCUGCAGGGGUGGGGGUGGGGCAGUUUAAUCUCAUUUCCUCCGAGGUUUAUCUCCUGCUGCAGCUUCCACUCUAUAUUUUGCCAUGGGGGUUGAGCAUGUGUGUGCAUAAGGGAGGGGACGACACAUGCUGGCAGGCAGCAGCAGUGACUUACCUGGCAAGGAAGGCUAGGCAACCUCCUUUAUUUUUAUGAUGCCCGAAGGAGUAGGAAUGUGUUUUGGUUUUUCCCCCAGCAGAACCAACAAAGAACCUUGCAGCGCCCAAACGACUGGCAAGCUUAUUGUGGCAUAAUCAGCUUGUUAGUUUUUAUUUCAUUCCACGUAUUCGUACGCCAUUUGGUAUGCCAAAUUCCUAGGCGGUGUGCAUAAACAUUAGGAAUAGACAGAGAAAAGGGAUGAUUAAAAUUCAUCAUAGAGACAGACCUUCAAAUGCCUGCUGAAAUAGGAAAGACUUUGGAAAGAGUUCCACAGAAUUGGGCCCAUAGCACAGAAUGCAAGGCUUCUGUUUGUGACAAGCUGUACCUCUGAGCCAUGGGGGAUAGCCAACAGAGACUCCCCACAAAUAUCUCUUUUUUUAAAAAAUAAUUUUUAUUAACAGGCCAAUCACAUCACAUUGUCCAAAUCACAUUAGUUCCAAAUUAUACAGCCAAAUUUUAAAUUUUGUUGGGGGUACCCAUACAUCAAGCUCCGAACGAGUCCAAACAUCACUUAUAUUGCUGCUUUAAUUAAACAAUUCUAUCCAGUUCAAUCCAGAUAGUCCUUUAUUACUUUCUUCACCUUCUUGUUGUUAUCAUAUAUUCCUUUCUUUGCGAUCUCUGAUAAUCUUCACAAGCAGAUUAGAGACAGGCACCCUCUGUGUGGGUUUUGUACUCUCCAAAGAUCAUAUCGCUCAGGGACAACCGCUAUUCCACGCUUCCAUAAAAAAUUAAUCUUCGGUCUGUCCUUUAAUUUUCUCAGGCUUGCUAAGUAUAUCAGGAGGGCUCUGUCAGGUUAAGAUCACAUUCCAACCAUCCUUCUCAUUCCAAUGGUCCUGAUUCUCCUCCCCCUGUCUUUCUUUCUCAGGCAAGCCUGUCUUAGCGAGACGCCAUUUUAAACUGCAUCAUAAAAUUUUCCUCCAUUCUCAUUGUUUACCAAUCAUCUCUUUAGCUAUAAUCCACCCCACACAGUUCUUGAAUUCCUGCUUGUGAUUAGUAAAACGCAACAAUCUUAUUUCUUUCUGGGGUGGAGGGUUAUUAAUAUCACAUAGUGCAGAGAAAAGAAAAGUUUUUUCCUCCACCCCCCUUCAUUCCAAACAUACAAUCUCUUAAUGGUGGUUCAUCAGAUGAUUUACUUAUCCACCCGUCACUCCGGUCACAGAGAUCCAUUAGUCAGCAGUCUUAUCUCCCGAGCGUUGCUUGAUGUAUGUGCUUUAGCUUCAUUCCAAUCAUAUGUUUCCAAUUAAAAUUCCGAGCUAAAGCAAGCCAGCACGCGCUGAUUGGAACCAGCGUCAGGAAGAGCUGACCUCAUCGAGGGCUCGUGCCAAGUGUCCGGCACCCCCAUCUCUCGAAUCCGGGGGUGCAUUGUGGACACCGCUGGCAAGGCAGCCCCCCCCCAUCUCCUGGGGGGGGGUAGCAAGACUGCAUACUUCCCAUAGCAGCCUCUUAAUUACCUCGUAUGGGUCAGAGAGAUGUUAUUGUUGGCCAUCUUCCAAUGCGCCACCUGGUGGCCCCCCUCCCCACAAAGAUCUCAGUGAUAUAAGGCAGGGUUCCCAAACUUGGGUCUCCAACUGUUUUGGGACUACAAUUCCCAUCAUCCCUGACCACUGGUUCUGCUAACUAGGGAUGAUGGGAGUUGUAGUCCCAAAACAGCUGGAGAGACCCAAGUCUGGGAAACCCUGAUAUAAGGGAUCAAGGGGUCCUUAAGGUUUCCUGGGCCUAAGCUGUUAAGGGCCUUGUAAAUUAAUACAAGACCCUUGAACACUGGCCUGGAAACAUAUGGGCAGCCAGUAAAAGCUUUUAAGCACUGGUGUUAUGUGCUGACAGGAGUCUGCCCCCGCCAACAGUCUAGCCACAGCUAAGUUGCCACAAAACUCUUUGUUGUCUUUAUUUUCAGGUCAUCUCCUCACUCCCUGUCCCCGAAGCUUGUGCUUUCCUGUUUCUUCUUGCCUUUCCCACCUUUCAACCCACCAUUCUGCCUCCCUGCUGCUGACCCGGGGUAUAUCUCUGUAACCAGGAGACAUUUGCUCUACAAAACAAAACAAAACUCACAACGCAGCACAGUCCCCUGGGGUGCCGCUCGCAACUUGCAGGUGGUUUUUUCCUGAUGGAUGCUCCUGUCUGAAGGAAAGGGACCCACUGGUUUAACCUAGCACAGUGUGUAUGCCAAUACAGUGGUACCUCGGGUUAAGUACUUAAUUCGUUCCGGAGGUCCGUUCUUAACCUGAAACACCACUUUAGCUAAUGGGGCCUCCUGCUGCUGCCGCGCCACCGGAGCACGAUUUCUGUUCUCAUCCUGAAGCAAAGUUCUUAACCCGAGGUACUAUUUCUGGGUUAGCGGAGUCUGUAACCUGAAGCGUAUGUAACCCAAGGUACCACUGUAUAGCAUCCUCCAGCUGUUGUUCAACUCCUGUCGUUCCUGAUGGGAGGAACGUGCUUGCUGGGACUGAUGGAAGUUGGAGCCCAACAUCUGGAGGACAUGCUGUUGACUGCCCCCAUCAAGGGAGAGGUUGGCUCCGUGGCUUGAUCUUGCAUGGCCAGAAAAGGAGGAGGAGAUGACAGAGCAGAACACUGUGGAACUCGAGAUCUAACCAGCUUUCUCCUUUUCCACACAGCUUAAGAUUUCGUUCAGUGAGAACCAGCUGGAGAGGACCUUCCAGUAUCCGUCAGAGGGCUCCUUGCUGGAAGAAUAUGGGCCUCCUGAUGAGUCAGAGCCUCUGACCUGCACCAACCCCCAUGGGGAUGAUGAAGAUGAAGAGGAGGAGAUGCUGCUGCUUCAUCGGGGCCUCCCGGGCCUGCUGAGGACCAAACCCCUCAUUGUAGGCGAGUACGGGCAAUCUAGACGAACCUAUGGCUGGUUUCGGUAUAAGGCAGCUUCAUGAGUUCCUGAGAGGCAGGUUGGCAGUCGGUUACGCAGUCUGGAAAAAGGGAAAGCCUUGCAGAUCCAAUGUUGGGUCUCACUGAGAGCUUAAAUCACUUGGAGCUGCUACACGUCUGUUUUCAGACUGGACCGCUUGGCACACGGCAAGCAGCUGGGGAACUGAGUGCUUGAAGGCUCCCUCUUGUUAAAUACUCCCUACAACCAGUGGUUCUCAAAGUGGCAGGAAGUGUGGAGGUAAGGUUCAAGGACAAUCAAAGAAACGUUUAAACGUUUCAUUUGUGUAGAUGAAAAGACGAGAGUUUGUCUCAAAUUAGAUCUAAUGUAAACAAGAUUAGCUGGCAAAAGCAAGCUCACAGCUCUCACUGAGUUUGUAAACAUACCGGUACUUAAGGUACAUAUGUAAGAGGCUCGCUUAUGAUCAUAUUUUGGGAAUGAUUCAUGUUCCUGUGCAGCUGCAUUCUUUUAUACUUUCUGGGUGUCCUGUGAUCAUAUUAUAAAGUACAGUGGUACCUCGGUUUUUGAGCGUCUUGGAAGCCAAACAUUUUGGUUUUUCAAUGCCGAAAACCCGGAAGUAAAUGCUUCCAUUUUCAAACGUGCCUCAGAAGUUGAAUGGCUUCUACUGCAUUUUUUUUCCUUUCAAUUUUCUCCAUUGGCUUUGCAGACUGCCGUUUGUGCCUUGGUUGUCGAACGUUUCAGAAGUCAAAUGUAUUUCUGGAACAGAUUUUGUUUGACAACCGAGGUACCACUGUAGUUGUGUUCUAUGUUAUAGCAUUCCUAAGAGUGUCUCCCCCACACCCAAGUAUUUAUUAUCAAUUUUAAAAAAUUGUGUGGUGCGAGCAAAUUAUUAUUCUGAAAGUGUGUCCCAGAGAAAAAAGUUUGAGAACCACUGCCCUAUGCGACGGAUGGGGCUCCUAACUCCCAUAACCCCCAACCACACAACCAAUGGUCCAGGAUGACGAGAAUCCAGCAAUUUAGUGAAAAGGGGUUCAACAUUCAUUACUCCUUAGGUCUUCAUGCUUUCCUUUUUUGCUGACAAUGCCUGUGUUCCUUCUCUCCCUCUUUGCAGACGAGUCUUGUCGGCGGUAACCCCGUUAAGCCUCCGUCGCAGAGAACAGCGGAAUAUGCACAAGGAUUCCAUGCCACAUUCUGAAUCCUCCAACUGGACCUUUUAUCUCUUUCCGUCUUCCAGUGACUAUGCACCCAGGAAAGAAGCUGGGGCCAUUAAAGACUGAGAGGGGUGGGGAGGCGACCACUUUUAUCCUGGGACUACAGGUGCAUUUCUUCCUUCGGAUGGAGACCCCUCCGAAAAUACUCUCCCACUUUUGAUACAUAUAUUUUUCCCUAUCUGACUGGCACUGAAAUCAUGUGAGAGACGCUGCCCAACCUAGCUGGGAGAGGGCGCUCUCAACUUUCUCUUAUCCUUGCACUGCCAGCCAACAAGGAAUCUGAUGCAGCAGCGACUUAGAUACUUCAUUUAAAAACUGCCAGCAGGGGGAAGCACUGAACCUUGUAUGCACACUUCUCUGGGGUUGCAGAGUUUCAAACAAGGGCUAAUGAUAAUGGUCAUAUCUUUCUUCCUGCCGUCACUCAAAAUACCGCUGAAAGCCUCACUGGCCAAGGGACUUUUCUGUAAUUGGGUUUGUUUGUUUGUUUGUUUGUUUGUUUGUUUUGUAAAAUAUUGUCCAGUAGGACUUAAUUGCUGCCAUGUGAGUGAGAUGAGAUUUGGGGAGGGGGGGAGUAGGCUGGGGAGGGAAUAACUAGCUUUGAGAAGGGACCAUUAUGUUGGCGCACAGCCUAUCAGUAUUUCGGGGGGGGGGGGCUUUCUACUUGCUUUUUCCCCCAAAGCCAUUCUGGAGGAAGGCAAUUCAAAAUACCAUGGCUCUAGUUAUUCCACCAAGAGCCAUGAGUAAUAAGGCAUGUUACUGGGCAAAUGGGGAGGGGUCCUGGGUGUUUAUUGAAGCAGGAGCGCUCAGUAUUCAGGCAUGGAAGUGGGUCAAUGGGGAAGGGCAAACUGCAUGUGGGCAGCGCUAGUUGCUCUUUGGGGCCGUUUGGGGGGUUCCCCCCCUCUUUUUGUUUCAGACAGGGGCAGUUCAUGUUUGGAAGCAAAGCAAAAUAUGCAGGGGGUGCAGUGGGGAUAGCCAGGCGAAAAAUGCAGCUUCCUGUUGUGGUCAUGACCAUUUCCUGUUUGGGAUUCAGCACUCACGUGGGAUUGAAUGACGGGCGAUGAAGAGGCAGAUUGAAUGUUAGAAAAUGAAGUGAUAUUUUGAUAAACAGGGGUUUGGGUUCGUUUGUUUCUCCCCCCCAAAAAAAUAUUAUUUUACAAACUGUCUUCUUAAUUAGUAUUUGCCAUUUUUUGCCGUGUGGCAUUUUGAAGUGGAAAGAAGUGGACCCAGAGAUUAAAAACUGAGAACAGCUUUCAGAAAUGAUUGAAUGCAUAGCAGUUGCAGCUCAGAGUAUAAACAGCUCUCCAGAGCUGGCUUCAGGCUUUGGGGAAAGCCUCAGAUGAGAGAUUACCAGGAGUCCCCUUCAUCAGCAAGGGGGCCGCACAAACUGAAGGAGCACUCCACAAUCCUUUCCCCAGAUGACUGAUGCAAGCAAACCCAGGCAUUACUGUUCUGGAUCUUUCUUUGCCAAUUCAGCAGUCAUUUAAGUCAGCUGAUGACAAUAAGAACCUCAAUAAUGGUGAAGAGGAAGUCAAAGAGCAUGUUGUGCAUUUGUUCAAAGGUGUCUUAUCCAGUUUCUUGAGUGGGCCCUGCUGUUGGUCUCAGGUGAGAGCUUCAGGGAUCAGCACCACUGCUGAGACCCAUUUCUCAGUAGCGGAGCCAUCGCCAACUGCUCGAGCCACAAAGCCAGGUGCUUGUCCUCUUUGGUACCACUGCUUGUUUACCUGCCCUCUCUGGAUGAGUAAUUAUGGAGAAGGUGCAGUAUCCCUCUGUAUCCCUUUGGGUGAGAAUGCACCUAGGGCUAGAGUGAGGAUGGCGGAACCUGUUGGUCUGCCAGAAGUUAGCAAACUCCAUCUCCCAUCAGCCUCAGCCAGCAGGGAUGAUGGGAGUUGUUAUCCACUAGAAUCUGGAAGGCCACAAGUUCACCAUAUCUGAACUAGAGAUAGAGAGCAAGCUAAAUGUGGCAGUGACAAGAAUACUGGCCCUCUCAGGGAAGCAGCAGCCUACCAAGGGCAUAUUGCCCAAUGUCCACUGCCAAAAAAUAAUAUACAAGUGGAGCAGCCUCAGGGCCUUGGCAAAUGCCCCACCGUGACACCACAAUGCAUAUAUUUUUUAAUCCUCUUAGAUGAAAAUGUGUAACUGAAGCAUCCAGCUUAAAUUGGGGGAGUUUUUUAAAUUCGUGAACAGGAGCUCCCCACAAUUGGAGCGAAUAAAACCUGGGAAAACUGGUCGGUUAAAUGCCUUGAGGAACAACGCAACUCAUCUGCAGGAGAGGAUGCAUACACAGAGCAGAAGAUUGGCCAACGUAUGAGAGCAGAAAGUUGUUUCUUUAGAGUGCAGGUUGUAGACUGAGCAAACAGUAUGAAUGAGUGGAAGGAGGCAUUGAUGAGAGGGAAUGAGGAACUUUACACUUGUUUUUUUCCUCUCUCUCUCCCUUCCUUCCUUGCUAAUUUAUCUUGUUAUCUGUGCACAGUUGUUAUUAUCAUUUCCCUCUCCCCCCCUUAUUUUGCACUGCGGGAACAGCCAUGUCUGGAGCCCAUUAACAGGUGAAUGAGUGAAUGAUUGAACACAGCAGACGUUUCUUUCUUUGCUGGGGGGAAUGAGUUCUGCACAGAUCAAUGUGUGUGGGGCAAGGGCCGAAGCAGCUGUGUCCAGCCAUUUCCAUCAGUGUUGUUGUUGAAAAAAAUGGUAUUGUUGUUAUUAUUAUUAACAAUAAACCAGAAUGAUGUUGCACGUUGA